AUGGGCGACCAGCAAGGCUACUAUCCAUGGCAAGGGCCCGAUGACCCAUCCAAGAGCCGCUUGAAAGUUCUCAACAGUUUUACUGGCCAGAAAGAGCCAUUUGUACCACGCGAUGGCGGCAAUCGGGUCUCUUGGUAUAUAUGCGGCCCUACUGUUUAUGACUCUGCUCAUGUCGGGCAUGCCUCCAAUUACGUCCGCUUUGAUGUUGUUCGACGUAUCUUGAGUGAUUAUUUUGGUUACGACCUUGUCGUUCAAAUGAAUGUCACGGACAUUGAUGACAAGAUUAUCAAAAGAGCAACCGAGCGCAACCUAUCUUUUGAAGUAUUAGCACAUGAAUUUGAAACCGAGUUCAUGGAGGACAUGGAUAGCCUCAACGUCAAGCGACCGGAUUUUCUCACACGCGUCUCUGAGUACAUUCCCGAAGUAAUUGAUUACAUUAGGCAAAUCAUCCAAAAUGGCUUCGCCUACGAAAGCGCAGGAUCAGUUUACUUUGACACGGGUGCCUUCACUGAUGCAGGACACAACUACGGAAAACUUGAACCUGGCUCAGUCGGCAAUCAAUCGCUUAUCGCAGAGGGUGAGGGAGCACUCACAGCUGCAGACGCCUGCAUUAGAUCUCAGAAGAAGGCUCCAGGUGACUUUGUUCUUUGGAAGAAGAGCAAGAAGGGUGAGCCCUCGUGGGAAUCGCCCUGGGGGCCAGGCCGUCCGGGGUGGCACAUCGAGUGCUCAGCCAUGGCCUCCAACGUCUUGGGACCUAUAAUUGAUAUCCACGCUGGAGGUGUCGAUUUACGUUUUCCGCAUCACUCAAACGAAGUAGCUCAAGCGGAAGCGUAUCACAGCUCGCACAAUUGGGUCAACUACUUUCUUCACGCCGGACAUUUACACAUUGAGGGGCUAAAGAUGUCCAAGUCGUUGAAAAACUUCAUUACCAUUCGUAAUUGCUUGCAACGAUAUAACGCUCGCCAGAUGCGCCUUGCCUUCCUAUGCCAUCGCUACGACGCCCCCAUGAUCUAUGCUGAACACGCCAUGGAGGAGGCCGUCAGUGUAGAUAGGACCUUCAUUGACUUCUUCGGUACUUUGAAGGCAACAAUACGCGAGGUUGAACGCAAGGACCCUGUUGCAAGGGUGAUGAGGCCACUAGACAUGGAAAGAGAACUUAGCACAGAACUAGAGCGUGCCCAGGAAACGAUUCAUAAUAGCCUGGCCGACAACUUCGACACACCGAGCGCGCUCCGUGAAAUCCAAAAUCUGGUAAGGUCCACAAACGCAUACAUGGCACAUAGAGGCACCGAGAGUAAUAAUCUUCUGUUGGAAGGGAUUGGAGGUUAUAUCUCGAAGAUGUUGAGCGUGUUUGGGUUGUCACAUGACAAUGCAGCAAGCAGUAAUUUGCGGUACGGGAGCAAGGCCGAGGACGAAUCUAGCGACAGCACUCUGGCUAACGUUUUGGAUGCGUUUUGCCAAUUUAGAGAUACGGUAAGGAGUGAAGCUAGGAAGGAGAAUUCAGCUGGGAUGCGAAAGAUCUUGUCACUCAGUGAUAGCGUGCGAGACGACGACUUGCCGAAACUUGGAGUGCGGCUGGAAGAUCGAGGGGUGGAUCAACCGGCGAUGUGGAAAUUGGAAGAGGCAGAAACGCUAGUUAUGGAAAUUCAAAGGAAACGAGAAGCAGAGGCAUCGAGGAGGGAAGAGAAAGAGAGGAAGAGGUUGGCGAGAGAAGCGAAACUUAGGGAAGAUUUAGAAAAGGGCCGACUGUCGCCGGAGGUGUUGUUCAAGGAGAGUAAGGAAUAUGCUGGCAAGUAUAGGGCGUUCGAUGAGCAAGGAAUGCCGACAAUGGACGCUAACGGCGAAGGGCUGAGCAAAUCUGCACUGAAAUCUCUUGCAAAAGCACGCACCAGACAAGAAAAAUUGCAUGCCAAGUUUCUGGCUGCGAACGGAUCACAACCAACAUAGGAGUGAGUGGGGCGGGGCUACCGGGCUUAGGAAUGUACACGCCGAGGGCAUGUGCAUGUCCAUCUUCAGGGUGGAGCGUGAGCUUCGUAAACAAUGCCAAACUAAUUUAGCAUCGAAUGACAGGUAGUCCACUGUCCGUAAAACGGACGUGUGAAUAUGUGUCUUUUCAUUCCCAUGUGU